CACUAAUGAUGCGCGGUUGAAUCUCACUUCCUAGUGCUAGUCGGUCUCGACGCCUUGUCAAGUGCGUAGGAAAGCGGCCGAGCGUUGCAACUUCUCUGGUGCUUGUGACGGCUCCCGAGCUCAGCUGAGUCCACGCCGGAGACGCCGAACUCGUCCGCCACCGCUGAUCCGAGGUGGCUCGUCCCUUGUGGCAUGGCGACCCUGGCCGCCUCGCCAGCGCCCCGUUCCCGUCGUUGCGCCGGCGAUGUUGGUAUUCUCGAGAAAUCAGCCAACUUAUUGCCGAGUUUGAAGCUUGAAGAACUGGUGACGCUGAUCCUGAUCGUGACGGCGAUAUUCUUCAAGAAUCUCUCCAUUGGAGUUGUAUUAGGCAUCGUGCUAUCUGUAUAUAUUGCGAUCGUAUAUGGAGAUUUCAUAUAUCGUUCCUAUUUGACGUUAAACCGUGACUUAAGCGGUCUAUACUUGAUUUUGGACAUAAAAUUCGAUCUAUGGAAGAAAUUACGGGAAAAUCGCGGACUACACGAGAUUUUCCUCGAGGUGGUGAAGAAAAAUCACCAUAAAACAGCAAUGAUCGACAUCGAGACCGGACGCACGUUCACUUUCGCGACCUUCAACAAGGAAUGCAAUCGAUAUGCUAAUUUUUUCCAGGGUCAAGGCUUCCGUGCCGGAGAUGUGGUGGCGCUUUUCAUGGAGAAUUCUGUGGAUUUCGUCGCCGCCUGGAUGGGAUUAGCUAAGAUUGGCGUGGCGACGGCCUGGAUCAACUCGAACCUCAAGCGCGAACCUCUGGCCCAUUGUAUCCAAACGAGCCGCGCCAAGGCCAUCAUCACCACUCGCCUUCUUCAGCAAGCACUGGAAGAAACGAUAGAAACUGAACUACUCAAGAUCGAUGGCACAGAUCUGUACGUCAUCGGACAAACGGAAGAAAGUCAGCGAUUUAUGUUGCUCACUGAGAAGCUCAAAACGCAGCGAACAGUGGAGCCGCGAAGACUCGAUAAUGUUGACUUUAAAAGUAUCUUGUGCUACAUCUACACAAGCGGAACGACUGGACUCCCAAAAGCCGCUGUGAUGAAACACUUUAGGUACUAUUCGAUGGUUAUGGGAGCAGCAAAGUCGUUUGGAAUCUAUCCGUCGGAUAGAAUUUACGUAUCGAUGCCUAUCUACCAUACAGCAGCCGGUAUUCUAGGAAUCGGACAAGCCUUAUGUCGAGGGUCCUGCUGCGUUAUCAGGAAGAAAUUUUCAGCCAGCAAUUUCUGGAAGGACUGUGUGAAAUACAAUUGCACAGCUUCCCAAUACAUCGGAGAAAUCUGUCGCUAUCUUCUUGCGCAACCAGUGGUUCCCGAAGAAUCUAUGCACAACAUGAGAUUACUGUAUGGGAACGGACUUCGAGCAGAGAUAUGGCAGCCAUUUGUAGAUAGGUUCCGAGUAAGAAUUGGAGAAGUUUAUGGAUCGACCGAAGGAACAUCAAAUCUUGUAAACAUCGAUGGUCACGUGGGAGCUUGUGGCUUUCUCCCGAUUUCGCCCCUUACCAAAAAGAUGCACCCAGUUCGUCUGAUUCGAGUGGAUGAUCGAACUGGUGAUGUGAUUCGGUCAAAGUCCGGGUUAUGUAUAGCCUGUAAUCCAGGUGAAAGUGGAGCUAUGGUGUCGACAAUUCGGAAAAAUAAUCCACUGCUGCAGUUCGAAGGUUACCUCAACAAAUCGGAGACAAAUAAGAAGAUUAUAAGAGAUGUCUUUGCCAAGGGUGAUAGCUGUUUUGUUUCUGGCGACUUACUAUACUGGGAUCGGCUAGGCUAUGUGUACUUCAAAGAUCGCACUGGGGACACAUUCCGAUGGAAGGGUGAGAACGUCAGCACCACAGAGGUGGAAGCAAUACUGCAUCCAGAAAAAGGUGUAGCUGACGCCACUGUCUACGGAGUAUCCGUGCCUGACAGAGAAGGCCGCGCUGGAAUGGCUGCCGUCGUACGCACUAAUGAUGACUCUGCUGAAGACGAUGAUGAAUUCAUCGAACGGCUAGGUGCACGUCUUGCCGCCAGCUUGGCACCCUAUGCCCUGCCUCAGUUCAUUCGGCUAUGUCAGGAUGUGGACAGGACAGGAACAUUCAAGCUGGUGAAAACAAAUCUACAACGGCUAGGAUACAAGCUGAACAUACCCGGAAACAAAGUCUAUAUAUACAACGUAAAGUUGCGAAAUUAUCAACCCCUCAACGAAGAGAUUCUCCAUGAACUGGAGCAGGGCUCAUAUCCGUUGUAGCGAGCGAGUCCGUCCAGGUGCAGCCAGAUAUCAGGUCUAGCAUUCCAAUCAUUCGUGUAGUGAUCAUAGUUAUAAGAGACUUCUAUCCCGCUCAUGAGUAUUCGGAGUCACACAUAUCUAACAUUUCCACUUGGAUAUUCGAGAAAUUGCUAGUGCCUUCCACAACCUACAGGUUCACUUCAAAGCAUAUAGCUCAACUAGAGCGAUAAUCUUUAUAAUCUAUCACUUACGACCGCUGUGUGCUUUACUGCCAUGAGUUCAAGCACAGCAAGAUUCCUUUCUUUCGGUGUCCCACAUCUUUCACUUCUGUAUUUAACAUUAAUUCACCUAGUCUUUCCGCAGACAGUUCAGCGUAGAAGUAGUCUGUUGUUGUGUGACAAUUUUGUUGACUUAAUUAUUUAAUUAAUUUACAAGAUUGUGCUGUUCAUUUGAGUAAUGUUAAUUAUGAAUAAAUAUGAGCAUUUUGA